CACUCUUCGGUGGUGGUUUUCUGAGUCAAUACGAAGUUGAGUUUGUUUGUGACAGAAACCCAUUUUCCCUAGAAAAACAAAAUUUAUUUGACUAUUUUUGGAUAUAAUAAUCAUCUGAACAAAAUUCUUACUGAUUGUUUGUAACUCUGCGGAGAAUUCUACUAUUUUCUCUGUGUAAUAAUACUAAGCAACGUGAAAGUAAUUAAAAAUCGAUUAGUUUGUGUUUCAUUACAGCAUCUUUGUUGCUACAAUAAAAAAAAAUAUGGCCAACGUUUGUGAGCCAUUAACACUUGCCAAAGAUGUUAAGCGUUCUAUAGAAUUGCUGGAAAAUCUACAACGGAGUGGAGAAGUCCCAGCGACCAAGUUGGCAGCAUUGCAAAAAGUACUGCAGAGUGAUUUUUUGAAUGCUGUACGUGAGGUAUACGAGCAUGUCUAUGAGACAGUGGACGUUCAGGGUUCACUAGAUGUUCGUGCUUCCGCUACUGCUAAGGCUACUAUUGCUGCUUUCGCGGCCAGCGAAGGCCAUGCUCAUCCGCGAGUAGUUGAGCUACCGAAAACUGAUGAAGGCUUGGGUUUUAACGUUAUGGGAGGGAAGGAGCAGAACUCCCCCAUAUAUAUAUCUCGUAUUAUUCCCGGGGGUGUUGCUGAUCGUCACGGUGGGCUGAAGAGAGGUGACCAGCUACUCUCUGUCAAUGGAGUUUCAGUUGAAGGUGAAAAUCACGAAAAAGCUGUUGAGCUAUUAAAACAGGCUGUUGGAUCAGUAAAGUUGGUUGUUCGAUACACUCCCAAAGUACUGGAAGAAAUGGAGCUACGAUUUGAUAAACAACGAGCAGCUAGAAGACGCCAGCAAUAUUAAUGGAUGUUUUUUCAAGAUAUUCGUGUUCAGCAUUUUGCUAAUCGAUAGACUAUUUAGCAGUGCAACUAUAACCUAACCGUUCAUGUUAUCUAAAUAUAAAACAUACGUUCUCAUGUGAGGUCUGAAGCAUUUUCAUGAUUUAUUGUUUUUAAAUAUUUCUUAUUUAAUGUUACUUUGAUGUUUAUUUUUACUAAUCAGCAAACUAAGUUUUGUUUUACCCAAAACUCAAUAAAUUCACUGCACCGGUGUCAAAGUUUACCCAAUAAAUCUUGUAUCGUGUUAA